ACUGGCUGAAACGUGAGCGCGCGCGUCGGUAUCUAAUGCAGCACAGGGGCAGAAAUGUUCAUUUACUCCGGGUGCCUGCACAGUGAGUAUCUUCUACUGUCUUCAAGAAACUUCAAGAUGAAUUCACUACUGCCGCUUUGUCCAAACGAGGUGCUGCCUACAGAACCUAUGUUAUCUACAGAAAGUUUCAAAAUGAUGCUACCCGAGGGAGAUAUAAAGAGCAUUCCAACUCAAUCUGAGGAAAAUAUCAAAAGUCUGACUCCAACUCCACCAGAGGAAAAUCUGACUCCAAUUCCACCAGAGAAAAUUAUAAAGAGUCUGACUCCAACCCCAUCUGAGGAAAUUAUAAGGAGUCUGACUCCAACUCCAUCUGAGGAAAUUAUAAAGAGUCUGACUCCAACUCCAUCUGAGGAAAUUAUAAAGAGUCUGACUCCUACUCUAUCUGAGGAAGUUAUAAAGAGUCUGACUCCAACUCCAUCUGAGGAAAUUAUAAAGAGUCUGACUCCAACUCCAUCUAAGGAAAUUAUAAAGAGCCUGACUCCAAUUUCACCAGAGGAAAUUAUAAAGAGUCUGACUCCAACUCCAUUUGAGAAAAUUACAACAAAUCUGACUCCAACCCUAUCUGAGGAAGAUUUCAAGAGUCUGACCCCAAAUCCACUAGAGAAAAUUAUAAAGAGUCUGACUUCAACUCCAUCUAAUGAAAUUUUAAAGAGUCUGACUCCAACUCCAUCUGAGGAAAACAUCAGAGUCUGAUUCCAACUCCAUUUGAGGAAAACAUCAAGAAUCUGAAUCCAGCUCCAACUGAGGAAAGAAUCAAGAGUCUGACCCCAACUCCAUCUAAGGAAAAUAUUAGGAGCCUGAUUCCAACUCCAUCUGGGGAAAAAAUCGAUAGUCUGACUUCAACUCCAUCUGAAGAAAACAUGAAAAGUCAGACUACAUCCGGGGGAAACAUGAUGAUUUCGACUAACAUGUCAGAUUGUAAACAGAUCAGUUUUGGGUUGCCAAAUUUUGGAAACACCUGCUACAUUAACUCGAGUCUUCAGUUCCUGUUAACAGCUGAGGCUUUCUGCAAAGAGCUGUCCAACCUCAUGGACAAUUGUAUGGACAGACCACAAGCUAAAUUCCUCAGGUGCUUUGUGAAUUUGUGGAGGAUGAGGAACAACUUAGACGUUCAAGGUCAGAUCCACAAAGAUAAUCUCCUCAUGGACCUUAUUAAUGAGUUUAUAGGGCUCAACCCAAGCUUUGCCAUCAGUGACAGGAAUAGCGCCCUUACAUUUCUCUGCCAAUGUCUAAAACAAAUGGAGGAAGCUGGGCAAAUGAUGGGUUGGAAAAAUAAUUCGACCCCUAUAUAUCCAGUCGGGUCCAAUUUCAAAAUCACGAUGAAGAAAGUUACAACAUGCUCCAGAUGUGGAUUCCAGCAGAACAUAUUGAAAGAGAUGAAUUAUAUAUCUCUGCCACUGGUGCACAACUCUGUGGACCAGUGCCUGUCCAGCAUAGUUAAUAACCGGCAGCCAUUACAGGACAAGUGCCAGAUGUGUCAAAAACAGACCGUCAACUACUAUUGGACAUUCCACAGUCUGCCUAAGUUUUUAAUUUUGUACCUGCAAAGGGAGGCAUUAAACAAGAACAGCAAACUUAUUAAGCUUAACAAUCCAGUGGCCAUCCAACCUCAGCUAAAGAUAAACACUAGGACUCAAAGCUGCAAUGGCCACAUGUACCAGCAAAGUGUGUAUCUACUCAGCCUUUCUCAAAUAUAUAAGCCACAAAAAGAGAACAGUAAAGCUGAGGCUAGAAACAAAGGAAACAAUAAACCGGGUGAAUCAAAGUCGACUUACCGACUGAUCAGUGUAAUCAACUAUAUUGGAAGAAAAGCAAAUGAUGGACAUUUUUUGACAGAUUGUUUCACUAAGAAUCCUCCUCAGUGGUGGACCUGCAAUGAUGAGUUUAUCACUCUGACCACUGAGAAAGAAGUGGUACAGAAGAGGUUGCUUAACGCCUAUUUGCUCCUCUAUGAGAGAGUGAACUCUGGGAGAAGCUCGUUCUCUUCUGUCGGAAGCUAAAUUAGAUUAAGUUUAAUAUUCUUUCUCCAGCUUUAAUAUCAUCAAAAUAAAUUCUACUGCAGCUCUUAGAUUAUGUGUUUCUUUGA